UCGACCAUCGUGUUUGGUUUUAUUGGCGUGGCGCUGGACCUGUAACUGCUGCUGCUGUGUGUGCUUGGGAGUGGGUUGCCAGUUGCCGCUGGGCUCUGCGCGGAGGCAGCCAACAGGCGGGGGGGCGGAUCCAUGGAUCGGCGGCGAAAAAGUUGCAGAGCAAAGCGCGAGGACGAGGCAGGCAGGAAGGAACGAAGCGCAUAGGCAUGGCAUCAACCAGGGAAAGCUACACGUAACCUCCCAUACAUAACACGGCAACUCCCCCGGCUCCUCCCUUGAUCGAUCCCUUCCUUCCGUCCACCCGCCACGGCAUCGGCGUGUCGCACCAUGGCAGCGUCGACGCCACGGACGCCGGCGCCGGAAAGGCCGCCGCCGCCCGUGCCCGUGCUCGCUUCCGCGCCCGCUCCUCCGCCGCCUCUGGAGACGCCCCCGCCGCCGUCGCCCUCGUCGCAGGCGGGGGACGAGUACCACACGCCGCCGCCGUCGCUCGACGCGUCGCCGCGGGAGGAGCCCGGCUUCCCCCGCGACGGGAGGGGAGGGGUGCCGCCCCCGCCUCCGAGGAGCCCGCCGCUCGACGCGACGUCGCCGCGGGAGGAGGCCGGUUUGCCCAGCGGCGGGAGGGGGGAAGCGGGAGCGCCCGCCAAGAGCCCGCAUCUCUCGCCCGUGCGCCUCCCCACGCCGCACCUCCUGCCGCCGCCCGCCUCCCCUUCCGGCCAGAAAGGGCAAGAAGGCGGCGCUGCUGCGGCCGCGGCGAGGGCGCGCCCGCAGCUCCGGCUGGCGACGGGGCUCGUCCGGACGCCGUCGCAGGGGUCGGUCGCGACCAAGUCCCCGUCCCCGUCGCCCUCGCCCACGCCGCCGUCGCCGCUGACCCCCGCGCCCACGGGCAACAACGGCAACAAGAGCGGCCAGAGCACGCCCAAGCAGCGCGCGGAGGCCUUGAAGCCGCCGCCGCCGCCCGCGGCCGAGCCGGCGAUCGCGGUGCCGCACUUCGACCGCGUCGAGGAGGCCGCCACGUCGCCGCUGCGCCUCGGCAAGGCGCAGCUCGAUCACCUCCACCACCACCAGCAGCAGCAGCAGCAGCACGCGGCGUCGGCGGCGGCGGAGAACGGGGGCGCUGUGCCUCCCGACGUGGCGGCCGUGGCCGCGGUCGGGGAGCGGAGGGCGCUGUCCGUGACGCUGCGGCUGGCCACGGCGGUGCUCAGCCUCGCGGCCUUCUCGGUCAUCGCCAGCGCCCGGACGUCCGGCUGGGCCGGCGACUCCUACGCCCGCCACCAGCAGUACAGGUACGCCGUCGCGGUGAACGUGAUCGUCUGCGCCUACUCGAUCGCGCAAUCGUUUGGCGAAAUCCGCCGCCUGAUCUCGCCCAGGUUCAUAUUCCGGAGCAUGUCGAGCUACUACUGCAGCCUGCUCCUGGACCAGGUUCUGGCGUACCUCCUGAUGUCGGCGUCGUCGGCGGCCGCGUCGCACAACGACCUGUGGGUGUCGAGGUUCGGCACGGACGCCUUCAACAGGAAGAUCAGCAGCGCCCUGUGGCUGUCGUUCAUCGGGUUCCUGACGCUCGCUCUCAACGCGCUCAUCUCCACGGCCAAUCUCUUCAGCAUGGCCUGAAUUCUGAUCGAGGCGUUCACGGAAUCCAGCCAGUACCGGUUGUAAAUUUUGGAGUAAAUAUUGCUGCGGAUUAGCCGGAGGUAUACAUCAUACACGCUGUUGGUGGUACUGGGCCGUCAGAAUACACGCUUGAUCAAGGGCUAAUAGAAUGUUGAAGCCCUUUUUAUGCGCAAAAAUUGACAUUAUAUUGGAGGUAUCUGCUAUGUAGAAUACUCUAAUUGUGACCGAGCUACGCAUGUCAGACGAUA